UGCAAGCAGCAUGUGUGCGAUCAGGAAACUUUUCAUUACAUGUGUGGUUAUGUUAUGGAUGAACUGGACUCUCUCUGAAGUUCCUCCAUGGUGUUGUAUUAAAAGCUUCACCAAUAAAUCAGUGAUGUUCACAGUGAACACCACAAAACACUGUAAUGAAUACAUCUGGAAGAAGGAGGAAACACCCAUAACUGAUGAGAAGAACAAUGAGGACUAUAUUGUCCUUAAAAAGGGACCAAACUGGAUUCUUCUUAACGGGAACUUCUCAGGGAUUAACUUCAGGUGUUUCGAUCUAGAUAACAAGUUUACCACACUUCAGUGCACAGAUCCGUGUGACUCUGGAAAGGCUGAUACUUUCAUGGAUGAUGAUAGCGACCAUGACAAAGGCGAUGGUGGUGACGGAGGACGUGGAGGUGAUGGAGGUGACAGAGGACCUGGAGGUGAUGGAGUCCCUGAUUCCAAGGCUGCAAAAAUGUCUGUCAUCAGUGUACCUGUCAUCAGCGUAGCUCUCGCCAUCAUCAUAUGGAAAUCAGGAUGUUACAGGAGAUGCUGUGCUAACAGACCUGAAUCUAACCAUGCUAAUGGAGGGUUCCAGGCUGUAGGUCAGGUGGACCAACAGGAGUCCAUCGUGUGA